CUUUAGAUCUAUUUUUAGCAUGUGGAAAUACCUUCACGUUGAAAACGAAAGUUAUUGCUGAUGAGUGUCAUAUUGAAAGAUAAACACACAGUAUCAAAGAAGUAAUGAGGAUUAAGGAGAUGUAAAUUAUUCAAAGGUGUGUGUAAAGUUUUGGUCACAGUGUUAGAUUAUAUGGCUGUCUGAGAACAUCCGAAAUGAAAUACAUGAACAGUUAAUGGCGGCCUAUAAAGAAGUGGUCGUUAAAGAGGAAGAACUCUGUUGUUACAUCUGCUUAGAAGUGUACGAUAAACCAAGAACAUUGCCAUGUUUGCACUCAUUUUGCCACACAUGUUUAGUCAGAUAUGUUGAAAAAAGUUGGGAGGUUGAUAAAACGGUUGCUAUUCUUUGCCCAAUUUGUCGAGUGAAUACACCGGUCUCUAAGUGUGAAGCAAAAAACCCUGAAAAAUGGGUGGAGAAUUUACCAAUUAAUUUUACACUUGUUUCAAUUUUAAGCAGUAAGAAGGAAAAAAUGUCAAAUACUGACGGUAAAUGUGUCCAAUGUCUUAAAGACAGUCUGAAUUCUGAAGCAACCGUUUAUUGUUAUGAGUGCUCAGAACAAUUAUGUGACAAAUGUAAGGAAGUACACAAGAAGGUAACAAUUCUAUCAAAUCAUAAACUUAUUGACAUUAAAAACAGACAUGAUAAUGUUGCUAAACUUGAACUGUUAAAGUCGCUGACGAGAUGUCCAGAGCACAUUUCGGAGGAAGUUCGCUAUGUGUGCAAGGAUCAUGAUCAGCUUUGCUGCAAUGAAUGCGCUAUAGUUACACACAGGAAGUGCGAUCAAAUGGUCUCCAUAAGCAAAGAAUUGGGAAAAAUUGGCACAUCGGUCAAAAGCGCUAGUGGAAGAUUGCAAGUGUUAGACAAAUAUCUAGACCAGCUAAUAGCGUAUGAAUUACAUCAUCAGUCAAUUAUCAAAGUGUGCAGAAAGGAAAUGAAGGAUAAACUGAGGGAUAUAAAGAAGAGAAUCGACAAUGCGUUCGAAUCAAUGGAAAGAUCUAUUUGCGCAGAAUUUGAUGAAAAGAGUAGCUCAAUGCUAAAAGAGAGUGAACUUCAAAAAGAAGAAAUUGAGUCUUUGAAAUCGGAAGUGAAACAAUCAACGGACAAAAUGCAGGCAGCAAAUGACUUAGGUCAACAGCUGCAUUUGUUUGUGACACAAAGGGUCCUGUCGAAUGAAAUAGCACAGCACGAAGAGGAAAUCGGACGUGUUUAUAACAAAAUGAGUGAAGAUGUUGUUGCAGCCUCAGAGAAUGCGACAUGUGCUGAUAUCGAGGCGAAUAUAGCUGGCUUGCUAUGUAUUGCAAAGAAAAGUUAUGGUGCUUUUGUUCCUUUUUGUCCAGUAUUAAAACAUAAAUCGUUUCUUGAUGCUGUUAAAUGCAACUUAAGCAUGACAAAAAGUGAAGAUACGGAAGCUGAAAUAGUUUAUACAAAUACUUCAGAAGACAUACCCGUAGACUAUUUGUCGUAUGACAGGGAAUUGCAAGAUGAGGAAGCUGAAAAGGUUUAUGAAAUCGAUUCAGAAGAUACAGAAUAUUUCGAAAAUGAUUCAGAAAAUACAGACUGUUUGUCAUAUGACAGAGAAUUUCAGACAAAAGAGUGCGAGGUAAAACAGAACAGCGAAGAUUAUUUCCAAGAAAAUGAUUUCUUUGCUUGGGAUAUCAAUGAUAAAGAUGGAAAACUGGACUUUCGUUCUGCACGAAAAACUGGCACUGCACAAAGACCAUUUUCUAGACACACGAAAGCAGGUGGAAAAGCAAAACAUGGUAAAAAGAAAUAACAAACACUGUUAUCUUCGGCAAGUCACUGAUUUUAUCAGUAUUAUAUACAGGACAAAGUAACAUUGGUCAGUACGUCUUACAAAAACUAUUGCAAGUUGAUUUGAAAGUAAAUCGGAAAAAAAAAGAAGGAAAAAAGUGAAAUUUGUGUUACCAGUAGACUUUUCUGAGUUAAUGAUGACAAAUGACAUAUCUUUACACGUAUCCUAUCACAAUGUUGCUGAUUUGAAAGUGCUGGUUGCUGAUGGAGCG